UUACUAUUAUAACAGUAAUUUUCUCAAAUCAUCUACUAGUCCAUAAUGAAUCAAUAAUGACUUCCUCUCUGAUUUUUUUGCCGUUUCUCCCACUCCUCUCCCCAUUCUCUCCUAUUUUAGGAUCCAAUUGCUCUUGCUGUCUUGGUCUAUAUUAACUGUGGGGUUAGGAUGCAUAGUUUUCCAUUCUGUGCGCAGGAUCAAAGGGAGAGGGAAACAACUCCAUAUUCAACGAAACAUCUACAAGAUUAUUUUCCUCAUAGUAUUGACGUUUUGAAUCUAAUAGUGUUGUGCUAUUAUGCUAAUUGUAUUUUCUGUGUCUUUCAAACCCUUUCUUGUGGGAAUACUGGGCCAGAAAAAGUGGUGAUCCCACAUGGGAAUUUGUGGGUAUACUGUAUGAGCACUUACUCUACGCUAGGAACUAUGCAAAGUGCUUUCUAAACAUUCUCCACCUCCGUAAAACCUUAUUUUUCUUUUUUGUCUCUCCAUUUUAUGACGGGAAAAGCAAGGAUUCAAGAUAUUACUUGCUGAAUGUCACAACUGAGUAAAUGACAGAGCAAACCCAGAUCUGAACCCAAACAAAUCCCUGUUAAUAUCUAAAACAGUACACUGUUCUGCCUUUGGAUUGUAUCCAAAAGGCCAAUGUGUGUUGAAACGAUGUAAUAAAUCUGAGUCCAUCACUUCUGGAAAAAAAAAAAAGAAAAAAGGUUAAAUUGUAGUUAGUGGCUGGUUUUGUGCCUGACACGAAAUGUGGAAAGCCCCGGGGAAGACCUAAAAGGUAAAACUCUUGGCCCAAACCAGGCCCUCCCUAUCUGUCCUGCAUGCCGAAGCAGCCUUCGCAAUGGGAAGCAGAGCAAAUAAUGCAUAUGGACAGAAUAUGCGUGAAUAACAGGCACAGGUUUUGCCAGGGCACAGGCAGUUUAUGGCGGGAGAGUGCGAGAGAAUCAAAGGAGUUGAACUUGCAGCGCCUGUUCUCUCUGUCACUCAGCCCUUUUGACGAGUACAUUUCGGAAGGAAGGUUUCCGGUGACCCAACUACGUAGGAAGGCAAAACUUUCCGCCUAGCGAGACGAACUGCAGCCCAUUCGCUCACCCCAGAAGCCCACCUGCCGCGGCUUCCGACUCGAGCGCCUGGUUUCCUGUUUUCUUCCCGCCUUUUCCGUUUCCGGCCGCGCCUCAAGCUCUUUGGUCCGACCCGCUGUUCCUCCUGCUGGCCAAGGAAAGCCCUUCAGAUCCUAAGUUCCAUGGCUGCGGCGGGGUCUGUGAAGGUGGCGUUACAGGUGGUGGAGGUGCUGGAAACCAUCGUGAGCCGCUGCGUAGGGCCCGAGGGCCGGCAGGUUUUGUGUACGAAGCCCACCGGCGAGGUAAUGCUCAGCCGGGAUGGAGGCCGCCUCCUGGGGGCGCUGCACAUAGAGCAUCCCAUAGCCAGGAUUGUAUUGACAUGUGUCUCCAGUCAUCUCAAAAAAACAGGAGAUGGUGCUAAAACAUUCAUUAUCUUUCUUUGCCAUUUACUCAGAGGACUUCAUGCAAUCUCAGAAAAAGAGAAGAAUUCUUUGAUUUCUGACAAUUUUCAGACCCAUGAAAGACAUUGGAAAAAUUGUUGUCAGUGGAAAUGUAUUUCCCAAGCUCUGCUAAUGUUUCAGACACAAAUAUUAGACUGUAUUAUGGACCAAUACUUAAGUAGACACUUUCUUUCCAUCUUUUCUUCAUCUGCUAAAGAGAGAACGUUGUGUAGGAGCUCUUUAGAAUUAUUGUUAGAAGCGUAUUUUUGUGGAAGAGUGGGAAGAAAUAACCACAGAUUUAUUUCACAGUUGAUGUGUGACUACUUUUUCAAGUGUAUGACUUGUACAAGUGAGACUGAAGUAUUCGAGUUAGUGGAUGACUGUUUUAUAGAGCUGAACGUUGGGGUCACUGGCCUUCCUGUUUCAGAUUCUAGGAUCAUAGAUGGGCUUUUGCUUCACAGAGAUUUUUCUAUUUACUGCCCAGUAGAUGGUGACAUAAGAAUGGUGAUAGUAACAGAAAUCAUUCAGCCUCUUUUUUCAACUUCUGGAUCAGAAUUUAUUCUAAGUUCAGAAGCACAAUUUCAGACAUCUCAGUUUUGGAUUAUGGAAAGGACAAAAGCAAUAAUGAAACAUUUGCAUAGUCAGAAUGUAAAAUUGCUCCUAUCUAGUGUGAAGCAACCAGAUUUAGUUAUAUAUUAUGCAGGCCUGAGUGGCAUAUCAGUGGUGGAGUGUUUAUCAUCAGAAGAAGUUUCUCUUAUCCAAAGGAUCAUUGGUAUCUCUCCAUUUGUAUUACCAGAGGCCUCUUCAUGGUAUGAAAUUUCUAACACUGCUUUGGUGAAAUUUUGUAAACCUUUUAUUCUUAGAUCCAAAAGGUAUGUUCAUCUUGGCUUGAUUAGCACAUGUACAUUUAUACCACACUGUAUAGUUCUUUGUGGACCAGUGCAGGGUUUGGUUGAACAACACGAGAGUGCUUUACAUGGAGCAUUCAAAAUGCUUCGGCAGUUAUUUAAAGACCUUGAUCUAAAUUAUGUAAUACAAGCCAGUGACCAAAAUGACACAUCAAGUCCUCUUAUUCACAAAUAUAGUAGAGAAAGUAGUCAGUUACCUGAAAUUAGUAAUCACUCCAUACAAAGGCCAUAUCAAGAUAUAGUUGUAAAGAAUGGAGGUGAAUUGGAAAAAACUCAGGCAUAUUUAAAAGUAUAUUCAAAUUUGGUAAUUUCAAGUAGAGGAUUAGAAACACAUAUUCCAUGUUCAACACUAAAACUGACACCAACAAAUACUUUCCAAAUAGAUGAUACACUAAAGUGUUUGUCUCCAGAAAAAAACAGAAUAAUUGAUGACUAUGAACUUGAACUAUUAGUUGAUAAUAAUUUAACUGGUAAUCCUACAACUGAAAACACUAGAAUAGAAAUUUCUUAUGAAAAUUUACAAGUUACAAAAAUUGAUAGAACAGGGAGCAAGUUACCAGUGAGAUAUAAGUCAUUGGAUUUGUGUACUUCCCAGAGUUACCAUUCCUCAUCUGUGCCAGCAGGUAGUGUUUUGCCAGUGGGUGGUAAUUUUGAGAUUUUGUUACAUUACUAUCUUCUCAACUAUGCCAAAACAUGCCAGCCAUCAGAAGAGGCCAUGGUUAGUACAUUAAUUGCUAAUGCACUGUUAGGCAUUCCAAAAAUCCUUUUUAAGGCUAAGAAAGUAAAUUACAGCUUCCCACAAAUGUAUUUGAGAACUCUCCAUGCACUGCAAACCAAUCAACUCAUGGUAAGCAGUCAGGAGGGUUUGGAAUCAGUAAUUGGUAAAUACCAGUUGCUAACUUCCGUUCUUCAGUGUUUGACAAAAAUAUUAACCAUUGAUCUGGUGAUCAAUAUCAAGAGGCAACCUCAGAAAAUUUAUGAUCAAGAUUCAGAAGAUGAACUUUAAUAUUGGACUUUUUUGUUAAUCAACUUUUAAUCCAGCUCAAGGCGUAAAGUAAAGCAGGCAUGUAACUACUCAUUCUCAUUCAGUUCACUCUAUUAGGAAAACAGAAUAACUUCAUAAGUUUUUUUUAAAGAAUAUACUAAAGUCAUCAGACCAUUCAGAUGCAAAUAUUAAAUUACUUUGUGGAACUAAACUAAGGCAGAAAUGGAGUUCCAGCUAAAUGUGUCUCUUUCCCCUUACAUUUCUCUGUAUCUCAGCUCUGUAUUAUUCUUUUUAAAGGAGUGUAUUUCUUUAGAGUUUUCACUUCUGAAUUUUUCUCUAUUCUCUUUCCCCUUCCUAUAUUUGUUUCAUAGAAUCAAUUUCAAAUUUAGAAGGGAUCUUCAAAUGCUACCUUACUUUAAUUUUUUGUAAACAACAUGUAAAUGUUAUUUACUGCAAUUAAAAUAAUUUUAUGUACUCAUAAUUUGUAAAGCAGUAAGUAAAAGUCACAGUUGUCCUUUUAAAAGGAUACAAAUAAAAUUAGGUUUAAUUUCAUGUGCCACUUGAUUAAUUUCUAUUUUAUUUGGAGAAACUUGGGUUUUCACCACUCAUGCACCUUUGAACAUGUUACCAGGAAUAGAAUCAUGCAGUGAAAAUGUGAUUUUCUUUAUGUAAUUAAAAAUUACAUCUAGAGAUGUAGCUCAGUGGUAAAGCCCUUGUCUGCCAUGGGUGAGGCCCUAGACUUAAUCCCCAUCACCACAAAAAAAAAUUAAUACCAAAAAGAUAUGAAAUCCAUACUGUGGUUUUCUUCUGCCUCUUAAGAACUUGGGUUUUCUUGUAUUUGCUGUAUACAUGGAGUAAGUAGUAACAAAUAAUUCUAUAGUUAUUCCUAAUUCAAAUAUACAAAUCCUUAAUUUUAUUGUAAAAGCUUUUGAAUAAAAACAGUACUAUGAAGUAGCUGUGUAUACAUACAGUAUCCUUUUACUAGUUCUUUGUGACACCCAAAAGACAGUGCUUUGUUUAUUCUGAGUAUUCAGAAGUACUUGUGAAAUAGAACAGUGUUAAUUUGUUCCCCUAAGUACAUGUUUCUGGUGUAUUUAUUCAGAAAAUUCUUACUAAGUGCUUACUAUAUGCCAAAUGCUAUGCUAACUACUGAAUGAACUGUGCCAUCAUGUAGUUUUCAUCAAAGGUUAAUGGAUAAUGUGACACUAUUUUGGGGGGAUUAAUUGUAGGAAAAAUGAAGAGAAGACUUUAUAAUUGAGUAAGGGGUGACUAAUAAUAUAUUUAAAAACCAUAGCAUCCCACCAUGUGGUAUUUGUAAUCUUUCAAAUCUUUCAUAUUAAAUAUAGUUGUGUUUUUCAAAGGUUUAUGCUAUGUGACUUGUUUCAUUUCUGUGAUUAUGGAGAGAAUAAUCUAUUUCUUAUAUUGUGUUUGUAGAUGAAUGAAUCUGUUAAAACUGCUGCAUGAUUUUUUUCAUGCAUAUUUUUAAAUUGCCUGUUAGGUCAUUUUGCUUUGUUUUAUUGUUUUAAAUACUCUUAAGUCAUUGAAGGCAUUCAAAGACUGUUCCAGACAUGCCCAGUGCUUUACAUAUGGUAGAUAUUUAAUAGUUAUAAAUUCAAAUAGCUUAGGAGCCCUUUGGUAAGCUGUAACUGGCUCUUCAUAUGAUUGGUAUCUGGUCUAAUAUUUUGCACAUAGUAACUAUCCAGUAAAUGUCUGUUAAGGAGGACCUAUUUAUUAGAUGAAUUCAUCAAUUUAUUGGAUGAAUAAUAUUAUGUUUAUAAACUUCCAUGGGCAAAAGGGAGAGAAACAGAAAACGUUGGUGAGAUCUACUAUGCCGCAGUCUGGCUGGGCAAAAUAACAGGGUGUGUGGGGGGGCGAGUGACAAGGAACUUGUGAAGGUUGAUACAGCAGGAUGGGAGUCGCUUUAUUGUUGGACAGUAGAGGUAUACAUACACUUAACUGAUUAUACACAGCUUAACUUAAUUAACAUAAACUAGAUACAGCAGUCAACCAAUAAGGAAUCAUCAUCUUAAUGAUUACACACAGCUUAACUUAAUUGACAUAAUCUAGACACAGCAAUCAGUCAUUAAGGAAUCUCUAUCAUCUUAAUGGCUCGCUGGCUUUACUUCUCAAACCACUCCCUCUGGCAAAAUGCCAGGCGCCAUCUUGACUUGUUUAUGGACCCUAACACUACUAACAAAGGAAUCCUUUUUCUUUUCAUUUUAAAAAAUCCUUCUGUAAUGGUGAUAAAGCUCUCAUCAGUUAUUCUUAUUUAAAGAAUAUUACCAGGAAGUUUACAUCACUGCAUUAGGUAAGAAUACUUUUAAAAAUAUGAGUACAUUUAACUUUUCCCCUCUACCAAUUAUGGUUUGAGGUGACCUAUAAUAAGAACAGAUAAAACUGGUGAAAUCUGAAUAAAAUUGAAGAAUUAGGGUUAAGAAAAAUGUGAAGACAAAUUAAAAUCAGGAUCAUUUUCUGUUUUCUACUGCUGCAUAAUGAAUAAUCCCCAAACUUGGUAGGUUUGAGUCAUCCUAUUACCUCUCAUAGUUCUGAGUCCACCAAGCUUAACCUGACUACUUGCAUUGUAUUCUCUUGGCUGAGCAGUCAGAAAGGUUAGCUGAGGUUCAGGGAGAAUGUGGGCCUCAGCACUCAAUGGGAAGAGUGUCCAUGUCACAUAAGAGCAUGUGCGCUAAGAUAUAUUGAGGUAGCUAUGUUUGGAAAAUACAAUCUUGUAUACCAUGGGAGGGAAAAGAACAAAUAUGCAUUAACUUCUCAGCUGAGAUUUUUAGUUUUUUGAAGUUACGUGUCAGUCCACUUUCCUCAAACACAUUUUCCCUAAUAACUUUAUUUUUUCUCACUGAUCCAGUAUGAGCCACUCUUAUCUUCAAAACAAUAGGCAUUGAACUUGAAUAUCCUUAAGCUGCUUUAGCCAGAAGACCUAUUUAAUCAUGUUAUACAGAAAAUGCCAUGGUAUCUAUGUGUCAGAUUAAAAAGGAAGGGAAAGUGGAAUAAUGCAUCUUUUUUUUUUCAAUAAAACUUCAUUUAUUUAUGGACACUGAUAGACUUUAAAGUACAUGAAUCACAAAUAUAAUUCUCCAUUUUAUUUUUUCAACCACUGAAAAAUGUUAAAAAAAAAACCAAAAAACUAUUCUUAGCUUGAAAGCCCCAUGAAAA